AUGAGCGAUGUCAGGGGAAAGGCGUACGUGAAUGGGGGAUGUGUCGAAGAAUUAUUGGCCAGCAAAGACAUUUCCCUGAGCUGGAAAGAGAAAGUUGACCUGGCGUGUGACAUUAGUCGGGGUAUGGUCUACCUGCACUCCAAGAACAUUUACCAUCGAGACCUCAACUCAAAGAACUGCCUGAUCAGGUUGUCUCCCCGGGGCAGGGAAGCCCUGGUGACGGAUUUCGGUCUGGCGCGUGAAGUGGUCGAGCCGUCGUUGAAGAACGGGGAGCUGAAGUUGUCUCUGGUCGGCUCGGCGUUCUGGAUGGCUCCUGAAAUGUUGCGCGGAGAGCCGUACGAUCGGAAGGUGGACGUCUUCUCUUUGGGGAUCGUAUUAUGUGAAAUCCUCGGCCGAAUUCCCGCUGACCCGGAGAUCCUGCCCAGAACGAGGGAUUACGGUCUGGACGCGGACGCUUUCCGAGAGCUGAUCAGGGAUUGUCCCAAACGAGUCCUGGAUUUAGCCGUCAGCUGCUGUCGGCUGGAGGCCCAUAAGAGACCUUCGUUCGGUGAAAUCUUGGACGACCUGGAAGAGGAAGCGGAAAUGCUGGAGUCGCAGACGGCGCUGGAAGAAUCGGUGCGGGGGCCGUAAAACCCGGACUUUCUCUAACUUGUAAAUUGUACAGAAAUCUGGAAUCGAAAAUAUAUAUUAAAAAAAAAAAUCCCAAAUGCGGAACCUUCUAUUUAUUAAAUAAACUGGAAUAUAUUUUUGUGGA